CCAGUUACCACGGAUUCAACCGUCUCGAGCUUCUGCUCCGGUCAGUUACUACAAAAUGGCUGCAGAGGCUCCGCCGCCGACGAGAACCUACUGAACGCUUCAUGCUGUGAGAAAAAGCAAAAAAAAAAAAUUAUAAGAAGAGAACCAUUUGAUGGAAGAUAAGAAAAAGAAGAAGCAAGACGAGAAGAAAAAGAAAGAAGCUGCUCAGAAAAAGGCCACAGAACAGAUAACCAAAGUGCCAGACUCUGCCAAGCUCGAUUCCACCCCUCCUCUUCCCCCUGCCAACCCCAGUGCCGUCCCAUCUUUACCCCCAAGCAGUGGCAAUGGCAAGCGUGCCCCCUCCGGAGGCCAGUCGCAGACAGCACAGCAGUCCCAGAAUCUGCUCCAGCAGCGUUACCCACCCAGAGAGGUGCCCCCACGCUUUCGCCAGCAGGAGCACAAGCAGCUGUUAAAGAGGGGCCAGCCUCUGCCUUCUGGGACUUUGGCUCUCAGUGCAACAGGACGUCCCACAACUACUGAACCUGCAGCAGCAGUAGCCAUAAACUCCUCUCCCGCCUGCUCCUCUUCCUCUACAGCCAACCUGCCUACAGAACUGCCCCCACAGAACGGCCAAGGAGCCCAGUAUGAUAAUCCCCUCUGGGGUCCCCUGCCAGCCAACAGGAGUGCCACAAGUGCUGCAACUUCCUCCAACCUCAGUGGCUGGGAUCAACUGAUCAUUGACCAGAAGGACACAGAGGCUUGGCCCUCUAUUACCCUCAGCCAGAGCCAGGCCCCUCCAGGAGGAUGCCCUUUGGACACUGAUCCUGGUCACCUGACCAGCAGCAGCAGCAGCAGCAGUAGUAGUUGUAGUACAGUGAGUAUGGCCACAGGGGCCAAUAGCCAGACUGGCCACUUCCCUGCCAACCACCUUAGCAGCAAGGCUAAUAGUGGGCCCAGCCCUGCCAAUCAUACUGGAACCAGCAUGCUUUCUAGCCAGGUUGCAGCCAAUCGCAGCUGGGGCUCUGGGCCUGGACCCUCCCACUGCCCCUCUCAGCCCUCAGUGGGGAGUGAAAGGAAGAGUGACAGCCCAGUGGCAGGAGGCAGCAGGGGCUGGGGCUCCUCUUCAUCAUCUUCCACUACUAACUUUAACUUGAACCUAAACCCUAAUGCCAACCCAUCAGCCUGGCCCAUGUUGGGGCAUGAUGGAAGUGGCACAGGGGGAGGCAGCUCAGGGGGAGCUAACACAAUUUCACCUCCUCAACCUACUCCCAACCUCUGUAAUCCACCUGGCCCCCCAUCAGCUCAGACCAGCACCUGUACCGGAGCCAACACUAACAGUAACUCCACGGGGAUUGGCAGCGCCUGGGGUAGCAUGAUGGCCUCUGACACCUCAGAGCCACACCCCACCCCGUCCACGAAUGUGUCUUUCAGUUCAGAACCUCAGAACCUUAAAACUGAUGGACCAAAUCACACUAAUAAGCAGGAACCCCCCAGCCCAAUUCGCAACUUGCCUGGCUGGGGUGGUACACCUGUUGGCUUGGGUUCAAUGGGCCAGUCUCCACCAGGGGGCCCACAGGUCAAUGGAGAAGAUGGUAGCUCAGUAUGGGGUAACAGUGGUGACUCAAAGGCACCUUCAUCUAAGGAGGCACCUGGCUGGGACUCUGGCUGGGGCCAUGGAGGAGGUGGAGGAGGUGGAUCAGGAAAUUCUGGAGGCUGGGGUGACCAGUCCAGGGGAGAAUGGGGUAAGCAGCACAGUGAAGAAGCCCCAGGAGGUUGGGAUACUCCUGGUUCUCCUCCCCAGGAUCAACAGGCUAGUCCUUGGAGCAGAGCUGUUAGCACAGCUGGUGCCAGUGAAGGGAGCAGUGACAGCAUGGAAGGACAUCCUCGGCACAGAGACCGCUCAUCCAGAGAUAAUCCGGCUCCUCUGUUGCCUGCUCAGGAUCUGGAUCCUAGGGUGCUAUGUAACACUGGCUGGGGACAAACGCCUGUUCGCCAACACACCUCCUGGGACAUGGAAGAUACUAAACGCAAGAAUGAUGCAGGCACUGAUUCAUGGGGCUCUGGCCCAACCACUCCAAGUGACACCCAGGGGCCCUCCAACACUAACAUGGGUCCCCCUCAAAGAACUGACUCUGGGAGCAAAAAUGAUGUGCCUGCUUCUCAGGGAACUUCAGGCUGGGGUGGAAGCAUAGCUGCUACCAACCAGACCAGCUCUGGUUGGGGAGAUUCACCCAGCAAUGUUAAGCCCCCAGCUGGCCCUGGUGGCUGGGGAAGCCCUGCAACAGGAGGCCCCAACACCAGUAUGCCCAAGAACGGUAGUCAGUCCUGGGGAGAGGAGAAGUCCACCGGGUGGGAUGACUCUCAUGCCAAGACCACAUCCCAGGGCUGGGGAGAACAACCCAAACCAUCCCAUAGCUGGGGCAGCAGUGGAGGGAGCAAUAACACAGGGGACUGGAGAGAACCAGAAGAGAACAAAAAGAGUCCUGCAAACCCUGGAUGGGAGGGAGAAGCAGGAGGUUGGAAGGAAAACCCACGAAACUGGGGAAUGCCUGCUUCAGGACCUGGAGUAUCUGGAAGUGGAGGAAAUGGGGGCUGGGGAGAGCCAGUUUGUCAGCGUCCCAGUGGUCCUCCUCAAGGUUGGGGUGGCAAACCUCAGGAUGGGCCUAGUAGUAGUAGUAGUAGUAGCAGUGGAGGCGGGGGCAUGGGCUCUUGGGGUGCCUCAGGCUCAGUGAAGCAGGGUGGAGGCUGGAGUGGCAGUAAGAAGGAGUCAUCAGCUGAGCCUACAGGCUGGGAAGAGCCCUCCCCACCAUCAAUUCGGCGUAAAAUGGAGAUAGACGAUGGGACCUCGGCUUGGGGUGACCCUGGUGCCUACAACAAAGCAGUCAACUUGUGGGACAGGAACAAUCCAGGAAUGUCCCAGGCUAAAGUUACCACUGCAGGCAAUAAUCCCCCAGGCCCUAACAACAACCAUCCUCAGUCUCACAAUCAUCCCUAUCACGGGCCACCUGCGCCUUUACAGAACCACAGCCAAAACUCCCAAAACCCAGGCCUCACCAGUGGCCCCAUGGAUCCUGUAGUUCCACAUCAGUCUGGGCCACCUCACAACAGAGGUCCCCUGAUAGCUCAAGGUUGGGGAGAGUUACCCAGCUCCCACACAAAAUCAGAGAGCUCCUGGGGGGAGCCUGCACCCUCUCCGGUCAGCGUGGACAAUGGGACAUCUGCCUGGGGAAAACCUACUGGUGGCUGUGGUGGCUGGGGAGACAGCAACUCGGACAGUUACAGCAGGGGCAACCCAACUAUGACAUCUGCAUCUUGCAAACCUGCCCCCAAACCUAUGCAAGACGGAUGGGGAGGUGGAGGAGAAGAGCUGAGCCUGUCAGGAGGACAGUGGGAUGCUGAGGAGGGGGACAUGUGGAACAGUACUGCCUCUCAGGAGAGCAACUCCUCCUGUAACUCAUGGGGCAACGCAUCCAAAAAAGGCCCCCAGAAGGGGAAGGUUCCAGGGAAGCAGGAAGAUGCCUGGAUCAUGAACCGUCUCAUCAAACAGCUGACAGACAUGGGCUUCCCUAGAGAUCCAGCAGAGGAGGCUCUGAAGAGCAACAACAUGAACCUGGACCAGGCUAUGAGUGCCCUGCUAGAAAAGAAGACCGAGUUGGACAAGCGAGGAAUGGGGAUAGCCGGCCAUGAUUACAACAACGGGCUCAUCAACAAGCCCAUGAGCUGCCCUCGGCCUCCACUUCUUUCCAAAGACCCUACGGCAGACCCCCGCCUGCCCUUCAUGGACAAGCAGAUGCAGAGUGGAAUGUUUGGCGGUGGUGGAGCAGCACAAGCUCGGGCCAUGCAGCAGCCGCAGCCGCCUCCUCAGCCGCCAGUGCCGCCUCUCAGCUCCUCCCAGCCUAGUCUACGUGCUCAAGUGCCUCCGUUUCUCUCCCCUCAGGUUCAAGCACAGCUCUUACAGUUUGCAGCAAAAAACAUUGGUCUGAAUCCUGCACUUUUAACCUCACCAAUAAACCCUCAACAUAUGACCCUCCUGAAUCAACUUUACCAGCUGCAACUGGCAUACCAGCGUUUACAAAUUCAGCAGCAGAUGUUGCAGGCGCAGCGCAAUGUUUCUGGCCCCAUUAGACAACAAGAGCAGCAAGUUGCCCGUACAAUCAAUAACAUGCAGCAACAGAUCCAACAGCACCAGCGUCAGCUGGCCCAGGCUCUGCUAAUGAAGCAGCAGCAGCAACAGCAGCCACCCCCCUCCCACUCUGGCCUGCAUCCUGGUGGGGCCAAAUCCACCCUGGAUUCAUUUCCAGGUCACCCCCAGGCUCCAGGCCUCCCUGACCUGCAGACCAAAGAGCCGCAGUCAUCUCCCAACACCUACAGCCCCUACUCUCUCUCUGGACUGAAUUCAAACAUGAAUGUAAACUGCAUGGAGGUGGGAAGUCUGUCUAUGAAGGAACCCCCCCAACCUCAAUCGCGCCUAUCACAGUGGACGCAUCCCAACUCCAUUGAAAGCCUCUCUGGAAGCACCUCUCCUUUAGAGCCCAACCUGGGCAAACAUGGUGCCAACCUGGGCCCCCCUGGUAAGCCCCCUCAGCUGGAGGAUUCAUACAGCCCCUAUAACCUGAUGUCCAGCUCAGAGUCUCCCACCAGCCCUCUGGUCCCCCCAGACAGUUGGGGCCAGGGCAAGAGUAGCAGUGACAAGAUGGCUAAUGGGACCAAUAUCAACUGGCCACCAGAGUUUUGCCCUGGUGUGCCCUGGAAAGGCCUUCAGAACAUUGACCCUGAAACUGACCCUAAUGUGACCCCUGGCAGUGUCCCCAGUGGGCCCACCAUCAAUACCAAUAUCCAGGAUGUCAACCGCUACCUGCUCCGGGACAGGAGUGGAGGCUCCUCUCCCACCUCAUCUCAGGCUCUGCCUCCCUCCACUGAUUGGCCAGUCAGUGCCUACACUAGCUCGUUCAGUCUGUCGUCCCCGGAGACGGACGAUGCAGGUAAACUGUCCGAGAUGAAAUCUACUUGGUCUCCUGGCCCCAUUUCCCACAGCCAGGCCUCCCUGUCACAUGAGCUGUGGAAGGUCCCACAGGGGCCCAGGAGCAGCACCACAGCCCCUUCCCGCCCCCCACCUGGCCUCACCAACAGCAAGCCUUCCUCAACCUGGGGGGGCACUUCCCUGGGCCUGGCUCAAGGCUGGAGCAGCUCUUAUACCACAGCAGGUACCACAUGGAGUACAGACAGUUCCACCAGGACGAGUAGCUGGCUGGUCCUUAGGAACCUUACUCCACAGAUUGAUGGUUCGACUCUGCGUACACUGUGCAUGCAGCAUGGCCCACUCAUCACAUUCCACCUCAACCUGACGCAGGGCAACGCUGUGGUGCGCUACAGCUCCAAGGACGAAGCUGCCAAAGCUCAGAAGUCCCUGCACAUGUGUGUGCUCGGGAACACCACCAUUCUGGCAGAGUUCGCCGGGGAAGAGGAGGUGAAUCGAUUCUUUGCACAGGGCCAGUCGCUGGGUGGAACAACCAGCUGGCAGGCGACUCCAGGCACCAAUCAGACGAGGAUGGGUGGGACCGCGUCCGGAGCAUCUCAUCCCAUUGGUCACUCACCCCACUGGAAUAACAACAACAGCAGCGGCAGCAGCAGUAGCAGUAGCCUGGGAGCAGGUGGAGCGAAGACGGGCGGAGAGCUGCUGUGGGGCGGCGUGCAGCAGUAUUCUAGCCUGUGGGGACCCCCGAGUGGAGAGGAAGGACGGGUCAUGGGGAGCCCCACCCCAAUCAAUACGCUGCUUCCUGGUGACCUGCUGAGUGGGGAGUCCAUGUAGGCCAGGAAAGGCCUGGCUGAACAAACACCAACAGGAGCAAAAACUUUGCAAAUCAAUGUGGAGAUAAUCAGUGUGGGUGUGACGGUAACGGGAGAGACGAGAAGAGGACGAGACUACUUCCUAGCUGCUCACCCUCGUCAACCUCCUCUACUCCUUUUUGUUUUUGAUGACAUCUCAGUUGCAGUUUUUGUUUUUUUUUUUUUCUUAAUUUGUGAAUCUCAGCGAGAGAUUUGUAGUCACAGUGUUCAGCUUUUACUUUUGGAGACACAGGAGGAAGUCUUUCAUUCAACAAAGAAAGAGAACUUUUUACAGCAAUGAACUUUUGCGAACUCGCAGUGUGAAACAUGUACUUUAGUCAAACUGACACAGUGACGAGCUGCCAUCUUUAAAACUUGCGUAAUCCCUCUCUGCCUUUUGAGGCAAUCAUACUGCACCUCAGAGAUCCAUGAAAAGGCAUCAUUCCCAAAGGAAAACCCUUCAAUCAGAGUGGUUGUAAAAAAAACUUUCAGCUGGUCCAGACUCAACAUUUGUUUCUCUCAGCACUAAUAUUAGCCUUAACCUCUUUCCUGCCCUGCUAUCCUCACUCACUCUGUACUUGGUGAAGAAAGCAUACAGACACUUGCACACCCUUAUUUCUGAGCCAGUGAAACCUGAGUGGAGAGUAAAUGCUGCUGCGGCUUAACCUAAGCAACCACAGCUCCCAACUUCAGUGCAUUUUGCAAGCAGAUUGAGUUCCCCACAUAAUGCUCAAAGGGAAUGAUGCAACUCUGUUCGCCUUGUUCAAGCCAUUUAUUUUUCUUUUUGAAGCAUUGCAAACAAAGCUAAGAAAUGAUAUUAUUCAAAUGUGUCUGUCAAUCUUACAUGGUGGGGAGGGGGGGGGUUUGGGGUCAUCGCAUAUCCGGUUGUGGAUGUGAUGGACAACUAAAUGAACCACUGCUAUUACUAUGGAACUGUAAAGACAAACACUUUAAUGCACCUCAGCUCAUCUGCAGGAAAGCUGCAGUUUGGUCUCAGUCUCUGACCCUCUCACUGAUGUUGUGGAAAACCUCAAGUUGUAAAUGUUUCCCAACAAUCUGUAGUGAAUGACCCCACCCUUUCCCUCCCUAUCCCUAUACCCCUAACUUCCCCCCCAACUCCACCUACAAAAUUUCAAGUGACGUGCAAUAUAAGCCACAGACUCUACCGUCCAUGCAUCAUACCACGACCUCUCACGGAAUGAGAGGAGACUAUGAGGAAUGAUUGAACUGCAAAAACUCUUGCUGAACCCCCUCCCCUCCCCCAUCCUAAAACUGCCACUACUACCCUUCACCCCUACCCCCAUGAGCAUGAGUGUGUGAGCUCGAGAGAGUAGCAAGCUGGUCUCCAACCAUCUUAUGUCCGACGUACAAGGACAUACACACAAAGCACUUCUUCAGCCAGCCUGCUCUCCACACUUAUGCCAGUGACUAGUUUUGGGGGAGAAGGAGGGACAGGUGUGUGUGUUUGUGUGUGUGUGUGUGAGUGUGUGUGUAUAGGGAGAAGGCAUCAAACCAAAUUGAGAGGAGCCUGUUUCCUUUUUACCCAGAAGACCAGAUGACCUUUUUUUUUUUUGCCCAAAUUGGUAGAAAAGUAUGAAACAAAGAUACUGGUUUGUGAAUACGUGGUCAAUCAUAGCACUUAGCUGGAGCGUCGCAGCUCGACACACCCUCAAGGCCAACGAAGAAAGAAGAAGCAACACUGGCAAAUAAAAACUGAAAAAAAAAAACAAAGACAAAAAAGCAAUCUGCUUAGUGGCUUCUCUAUUUCUCUAUAUACUUAUUUUUUAACGUAACAUGGAUGUGAAGAUUUUUCUUUUUUUUUUUUUUGUUGUUUUUUUUUUUUUCUGUCCUUCUUCCCGCGAGUUGGUGGGACCAGGAAGGAUGUCAAACAUGGUAGCAAAGUGAAGGGAAAUAUACAAAGAAAGAACUGACUCAACUGACGAUGGGUGCAGCAGGGAAAAGACCCCAAAGCACUCACCCUCUUUAUCAAAGUAAAUAUCACUGUUACAUGACAUACUUUAAAAUCUUUAGCCUUGGUGUCUGGAAAACGUGUUUAUGUUCUACUCGGUCCUGCAGGGAGGCUCGCUAUCUCUUCUGUCCUUUUUUUCGUCUUCUUUCUAUUGAAGGCCCUGCCAACCUGUGUGAUAGUGUGGCCACUGAGUGCCUGCCUGCUGCAGAGUGCAGUGCUCUGCUGCAGCCCUCACCCCCUCCCCCUUCCCCCCUCCCUCCUUUUCCAUUGCUCGCUGCCUCCCUGCGGAUCCUACAGACUGGCUUUCCUCCUCCUCAUAUUCCCCCGGGCCUCCAGGCCAAGAGCAGCUCUUUCAGAACUGGCCCACCUGUAUUAAAUUUACUACUACUACUGCGCCAGAGUCUGUCUUCAGCAACCUCCACUUCCACUCUCUGUCUCUCUCCUGCAAUGAUCACUUUAGCCUGAGAUAGAGGCGCUUGAUGUGUGUUUUUUUUUUUUUUUUUCUUGGUUUCACAUGGAAUUGCCAGUGUGCAUUUUUAUUUUAUUGUUGUCAUGAAGUUUGCUGAUAUAUUUGCUGUUGAUCGAUGAUAUAGUUAAUGAUUGUUUACUGAUAAUGAUUUCAUGGAUUUUUAAUAUUGGUCUUUAUGCAGUGUUCAGCUUCUCUCCUGCCCCUCCCACUGCCUCCUCCCAGGCAGAACCAGUGUGUAGUUCAGAGGUACGCCUCAUCUGUGCAGCAAGAUGUGGAGACAAAGGCAAGGCCAUACAAACACUGCAGAUGUCAGUAGAAAAGGAGUCGGAGGAGUUCUUUAUGUGGGGUACAAGAAUCAGAAUGCGAGGGUCAAAGGUCACGGGGUAGGUAAGUCUUCUUGCUCCCGGUGCACCCGACCUCCACUCCAUGUUGAAUCAUAACGCACAUUCUUCAGUGUUGAUGGGCCUCGCUCACACUGGUGCUUUAUGUUUAACUCUGGAAGCACUCAGUUACACUUAUAACCACCUCAACUGAUAGCAGCCUUCCAUUUCUAUGCAAACACAAGGAGGGGUUCAUUCACAGCCAUCUAGAAAUCACAGCCACUCCCACCCAUAUCUGCCAAUGUUCACUUUUGUCUCAACCUUUACUACCAGGCAGCUUCCCUGAAACCCCUGAAAUCAAGUGUAGGGGACACUGAAAGAGCCUCAAGGCUUUAGUCUCCCACUGUGUGGACAGCUACUAGAUGACACUAAAUGACCUUCUGGAGGCACUAGUGGUUGGCAAACAGAGUCACUUUUUGAAGUCUUGUGCCAACUGAUUUUCCACUAUGUACUUCCACCUCGCUGUAUCCUAAUUUAUCUUUCACGUGAUGAGACUUAAGCUUCUUUUAAUGCUGCAGGGGCACAAACCACAAGCUCCAGCUGUAGGAGGCCUGAGGAGUUAGAUGGGCAGGACAGAUGAAUGGUGCGGGUCUUUCACCAACAAGGGACUGGGCUGCAGGAGGGGCAAAAAAAAAAAAAAAGGGGGGGGGGGUUGGUCCCUGUAUGUGUCUGUGCACUGUUUAUUGGUCACAUCGGGUACAUCUCUUUAAAAACCAAAAACAUCUUUUUCUUUAUCAUCAAGGUUUUCGCAAAAACUAGAAACUACAAAAAAAAAAAAAAAAAAAUUUAGUUUCAGCUGUGCACUCCAAGGUUAAGAUGUUUCUGUGCAAGCUCGCGCCUUCACACCCCGUCUGGGCUCGUUCUGUGCGAGCCACGUCAGGGGAAUCUGUGUCUAGAGGGCGUUCUUUUGGGGCCUCCAAACCUGAAGGUCACGCCAGCCAAUAUACAGCAGGUCACUUCUGCACAUCUGGCUUUGGGGGGGGUCGGGGUCCAAGCACGGACCCCAGCGUAUCAGCAGAAACGGACACACCUCAAGUUCGGUACCAAGUCUUAAAACUUAGGGGAUUUUCCCUCUUCCAGAGUCACUUCAGACUCGUGUCAAGUCAACAAAACAAUCACUAUUGCCUGUUUGUGUGUGCGUUUGUUCCUGAGAACCUGCAUUUUACUCCACACUGGACUUGAAUCAAGGAACUGAUGUUGAAGCGGAGUGUUGAACAGAGUGGGAGGACGGGUGACUGGGACAGAGGGCGAGUCUCAGAUGUGCCCCGGAUUUCUCGGCGCAGCACCAGCACUGAGAGCCCACCCUCCUCCCACACCCCUCGCCCGCACUCUUACCUACCUGUCUAGUGUUGGAAAUCAGAUGCUCCUUAUAUUUUUUUUUUUUCAAAGUCACAUGGACUGAAAGGCAACUGGAGCUCAAGCAAACGAUGCUUCUCAAUCAUGGAUCGGACAAGGGUCCAGGGCAGGAUUUGAAUUAGCAAAUCUCUCUUUAAAAACAAAGGCCUGGGUUGAAUAUGCACAUGCUAGUUCAUAUACAGUAUACAACCAAGAGUAUGUAAAGGCUGUAUGUGUGUAUAUGACUAGAUCUCUCUGUUUUCCACUUAGCCUAAGCCCCUCCCCCCUGCCCUGGCUUCAGCCCUUACCCUGUUUAUCCUCCUCAACAUUAUAUUUCCCAGAAGACAAGAUCAUAAACAUAUCAGAGUAAUACAAAAUAAUGAAAACAAAUACUUGAAUCAAAAGAAGCGCCAAUAAUGUAAUGUGAACACUUUUUGUAGUGGUUUUUUGUCUCAUUCAUAAACUUCAGAGAUUUUUGAUAGCAUCGGUCAGCGUGAAUCAAAUUUGAAAUACGAGUGUUGUUGAAAACAAAGAUCGAUAUAAAGGCAAAUUUACAUCUGUUGUAUCUGAGUGUUUGCACAAGGCUGCUUGUACUGUAUGUAGUUGUGAAUGAAUGUUUAUGCGUGACAUGAAAAUCUGUAUGAGAGUGAUUACAGCGGGGGAAAAUCUCCGCCUCGUGUUUCUUUUCAAUUCAGUAUACUUUUAUUGUUGAUUUUGUUUUUUGUUUUUUUUCUUUUUGCUUGUCAAAAAUAUAUUCUGAUGUUAAUUGUUACUAGCCUCUAGCGUUGCACUGAGUGUCAGCCUCACCCCUCAUCCAGCUAAACAAACAACAUGAUACAAGUACUGAGGGGGAGAUGGGGACAGUUCACGUGUAAAUGUUUACUCAAGGACUAAAAAUAAGUGUGUUUUUAAAAUGUUAUGUUUAUCUACCUUAGUGGCUUUCAUUGUGGAAUAAUCCAAGAAAGUAUGGAUCAUAUUUGAGUAUUGCACCAUUUUUUCGGACUAUAAACCUACAGAAAAAAAAGAAAAAAAUGAAAAAAAAAAAAAAAAAAAUCACAUACUAUGUAUAAAAAAAUGCAGCAAAAAAAGUAUUUUGCAGACCUGUGGCCAUAGAUUGGGGUAGAAGGACUUCAGCUCUCCCAAAUCUGAGCAACGGAGAGAGUGAAGGACAAGACAUCAGACUGAGCCUUUUCUUCUGAGGCUCAUUUCAGAGGUGCCUACCUUUUUGGUUUGUUAGCUUUUGUUCUGUUUCACUUACGUUCAGUUGACUCAUGUCGUCAUUUUGUUUUCCUGCAAAGCCACUGACAGUUUACACAAACACUUAGUUUUUUUCUGGAGUUCAAAAA